AUGGACCACCGCGACACUGGACCACUGGACGACGGUGACUUGGCUCUGCGCGCAGCGGACGCGCUGCUGGCGGAGGAAGAGGGAGGACAGGCGAGUCGAGAUGAUGGAAUCGCAGGAGGACAACACUCGAGGCGGACUUCGCUCGCUUCUGCGUAUGGCGCGGCUGGACACGCAGGACCGCACGUCGCAGGUGGAAAGGUCCUGGCAAGCUGGGCGGCCCUCGUCGUGCUGUCGGCUUGGACGAGUCGACUCGAGGCGACCCAACUCGCACGACACUCGAGGACCGUCGCAGCUUGGUUUCCCUUGACGCAUUUCAGCGUGCUCGGUGCGAUACUUGCGGUCUACCCUCUCCUGCGGGGACAGUCGCUCGCGAGGGGCGGAGGCGGACUCGAGUUGGGAGGAGGAGCGGGCUUGGCUCGCGAUAGGAGGGUUGGGAUGGCUGCUGGUGCGGCGGUGGCGUUGAGCUUGAUGCUGAGGGUGUGGGAGGUGCGCGUGGGACAGGAACGGCUGUGCGAGGCCAUCGAGGUCUUUGUCAUUCCCGCUGUCCUCGCCUUCUCGCCCUACAUCACCUCCAUCGUCUCGCCCGCUCACUCUCCCGCCACUGCGAGCUCCGCCCUCGUCAUGAUGGCCGCCGCAUCGACCUUCCUCAUCGGCUUCGCGCUCAUUGGAGUCCCGGCAAGCGGCGUGGCGGCCGCCCUCGCGCUCGUGCGGAUACCGCUCGACGCGGUGGGGCUGCUGUUCCUCAAGGAAGGACUGGGCGCGGAGAACCCGGCGCUUUUCUUGCGGGACGCGGUCUCGACCGCCACGACGUGCUCCCUCUUUGCGAUUCCCGUCACCCUCUUCUCCUCAGAAGCCGACAAGUCCCCGAGUCUCAACACGGGCGGCUUCGCCUCACUCCUCCUCAUCCUCCUCGUCUCGAUCCUCUCGCAACUCGCGCUCCUCUACAACCUCGCCAACACCUCUCUCGCAAUCUCGACCGCGUCGACGCUCUUCCCCCGCAACCUUUUGCUCCUGGUCUGGCAGAGCUUCGGACGCGAGUCGAUUCCGCUCCGCCAGAACUGGAUGCAGGUCCUCCUUGUCUACAUGUUCGGCACGGUAGGCGUCACAUGGGCAGAUGGGGAGGUCUGGAGUGCGUUUGCGCGCUGGCGGAAAGGAGGCGGCGACGCCUACAGCCUCUUGAGCGAGUCGAACGGGCACGCCAUGUCCUCACCUUCGGGCUCGCCCCCUCCGAACACCCGCAAACAAUCCAGCGACCGCACCUCCCCGUACUCCUCCCGCACCCCUUCGCUCCUCAGCCUCGUCCCCUUCUUCCCGCUCCUGAUCCACCUCCUCACCCUCCCGGUCAGCUACACCUCCGUCUCCCUCGCCUGUUCCUACCUCCCUCCCUCCUUGCGCUCGACCAUCUGCCCUACGAGCGCCUCAACACCGACGUCGCGCUCCGUGGACCUCGUAAUCGCCUACUACGACGAAGCGCUCGAGCGCACGCGCAACCACAUCAACGACGUGCGCAGGACGCCGUUCGUUCGGAAGAGAAGUAAUCGCGUUGUACUGUAUAACAAGGGGCCGAAGGGGGAGGAGGAGAUCAGGAAGGGACUGGGGUUGAGGUGGACGGAUGAGGUGGUGCCAAUCCCGAAUCUGGGGCGGGAGGGCGCGACGUACCUCACCCACAUCCUCCUGCACUACAACACGACGCUCUCCUCCCUCGUCCCCUCCUUCCAUCCCUCUCCGCCUCCCGCGUCCCUCCUCAUCCCCCUCUCACACCUCCGCACAACCCACCUCGCAGACCAUACCUACUUCCUCCAGCCUCACCUCGCCUGGGGAGACAUCGCCGCUCCCAGGAUGCGAAUCGUCGAGGACGACACGGGGUUUGCACAUUUCGGACCGCUGAUUAGGGGAGAAUGUGGGUUUGAUAAGCGCGUUGAUGUGGAUUUCCCGACGGUGAAGGAGCUGUUCAACAUCUUCGCGGGCGAGAUGUGUCCUCCCACCGGACACCUCAUGGCCUGGUCCGCCCAAUUCGCCGUCUCGAAGCGCCGCAUCCUCGCCAACCCCUACGCGCGGUACUCCUCGCUCUCCUCACUCCUCGAAGCGCCCUUGUCGCACUGGAUCCACAACCUCUGGGGCCCGAAUGACUCGGGCGGACCUUCGAACCCCGCGUUCGGGCACAGCGUCGAGCGCGCUUGGCCGGUCAUCUUUGGGUGUUGGGAUCCGAAGUUGGCCGCCGAGUGUCCGGAUGAGGUGGCGGAGAAGGAGAAGUGUCAAUGUUUGGAUACCUAG